AUUAACGUUGAUUUUUCCUUUGCAAGACACACUGCAGACAUAAAAUCUCAAAUAAUUCCAGUUUUGGGGUAGAUAUGGCUACUCAAGGACCAGAAGUCGAUAAAAGAAGCAGUUCUGCAUCCGAGAUGUCAAAUGUACAAAUUGAUGAAGAGGUGAAUGUACCAGAUGUCGAAGUGAAGCAUUCGCCAUUUCAGUCGCAACCCAGCCUUCGAAGCGGCGUGCUAACAGAUGAAGAGGUGCUAGAACUGGGCGAUAAAAUGAGAAAAGAACAGGCCAAGAAGUAUUUUUCACUCAGGGAAGGGGCUUUCACUAAUGCCGUGGAGGAAUGCAAGACUUUUUUGGAUACAGAUGAUGGAGAACUCUUAAGUACAUGGCUGCUAAGCGAAAUAGAUCAUUGGGACCAUGAGAAAGAAAGAAUUGUCUUGAUCACAAAGAAAAGCCUUUGCCUUGUCAAGUACAAUUUCAUUGGACUGAAAGUUGACGAGAUAAGGAAGAUUCCACUGAUAAGAUGUGACAAGAUUCAGAUUGGCAGAUUUGUGUAUCCAAAGACCACAAUGAUGAUUCCACGUCACUUCCAAACUGGUUUACGCGUCUACUUUGGCAAAAACACAAUACCCAGCUUUCUCCAGAACUGGAAUCCAUGGUCACACGAGAUACCCUUUGUCACUUUCUGCUGGCACAAAGGGAAUGAUGUCAUGGGUGAUCUCCCCCAGCAUAUGCGGCUGGACCCGUUCCAGGAGUCUCUUAUCCAGGCCAUCACCGAUUCGCACAAUACUCUUCAGGAGGGUGUGGCACAAGACUCUCUUGAGAUUGUGCAUAAUGAACCUAUCAUGAUUGAAGUGUAUUGUGGGAUUUCACCGAUAUUUCACAACUACGGCAUCCUUGGUUUUAAUCGUGAUCGCGGAAAGUUUGGAUUUUAGGACACCUCGACUCCGAUAAUAGUGAAUAGUAUUGGUUAUUAUAAGUAGAUCAUUUGGUGGAACCGUGGAAUUGCUCUCACAUGCUACAAAUGCUAUAUAGAAGACUGGUUAAAGCUUGGUUUUGUCAGAGUUUAAUUUCUUUCCUCUAUAUUUUAAGAUACCGUGAUAAUAUAGAGGUAAUCUACAUAGCGCAAGCGCAAUAGAUUCAGUUAAGCUUCCUCUUCAGGCCAAUCGGGCUGGUUUGGUAUCUGAGUUGCUUCGAUGGGUUCAUACGAUUAGACGGGCUGUCUGGAUGACCAAAAUCUCGGACAUGGGCUUGGCAAUCCCAAUAGGAACAACCCAGUCAGGUCGCCUGUUCUCCCUCUCGACCAUUUUGCUGUCUUUUCCCAUAUAAAUAGGGAGAAAAUAUGUUCCGUUUGUCUGGCUAGCUCGCUUUACCGGGCUCAUUCGAAGUGGCGCUGAAAAGGAAAUUGCCAACGUUUUUUACGGACUGUAGGCAUAGGCUAUGUCUUAUUGCAUGAAGGACAAGCAGCUCCAAUCAGCGCGAAGGAGUUGGAUAGUUUUCGUGAAAUAUGUAUUGAUAACCUAACUCGAGCUUUCUAGAACUUGCUUGUAACACUAACGCCCGAUUUGUUACCGUAAAUAUUCGCAAAGCGAAGGUUGGCUAAACGAAAAUUUGCAUAUACUAAAUAUUAAUUAAUUAACCACUAAAGAUGUUUGAUAGUGGUAUAAUUUUAAACUUGUAUGAAUAGAAAGUGAUUUUCGCGAGUUGUAAAUAUGGUUGCUAUUUAGCCCUAUUAAGACAAAAAUAUUCUUGCUAAGUAAUAUUUCCAGGACCGGUUUUAACUGAAAUUGUUAAAUAAACCACAUAACAUCGAUAACGUCUUACCUUAA